UGGUCGGUCACCUGGUUAUCUCUGUGCUGGGCCACUACUAUAUAAGCCCACCUGCUUUGGGCCCAGAUUAGCUGUGGGGGCUGACUUUGUUAAGGUAGCCACGAUGCUGAAGUUCCUCGUUGUAGUAGCCCUCUUGGGGGCCACGUUCGCCAAAGAUUCCUACGUCAUACUGUCCCCGACAUCCGUUAGACCGGGUAUGGAUUUUGAGGUCAGUGCCAACAUCCUUAAAGCCACCGGUAACGUCAAUGUCAAGGCCACGUUUGUUAAGGGGAUGCAAUCCAUCGCUUCUGCAAGCGGAGUUCUGGCUCAAGGUCAGCCCCAAAGUAUAACCAUCAAGAUACCUAAAGAUCUGAAAAGCGGAAGCUACAAACUGAAGGUUACAGGAAGUGGUGGUUUGACCUUCAGUAAUGAGACGACGCUGGCCUUCAACCACAAGAGCAUGUCCAUCCUCAUCCAGACGGACAAGGCCAUGUACAAGCCUGGUCAAACAGUAAAUUUCCGGGCAUUUGCCAUGUUCCCCGACAUGAAAGUGUACACCGGCGCCCUGGACAUCGACAUCUUCGACCCCAACUCCAACAAAAUCAAGCAGUGGGUGGGGUUGAAGGACGCUAGCGGCGUCAUCACCAACUACCUUCCCACCUCCAGCCAACCUGUACUCGGUGACUGGAAGAUCAAGGUCACCGCGGGUAGUAUGACAGAGGAGAAAGUUUUCACAAUCGCAGAAUAUGUUUUGCCUAAAUUCGAGGUAACAGUGGAACUACCAUCAUAUGCACUUGUCACUGACGAUCACAUCACCGCCACAGUCAAAGCCACGUACACCUAUGGCAAGCCGGUGAAGGGAACAAUCAACUUGCAGGCCAAGAUGGAACAGUACUAUAGGCCCUGGAAUUAUCAUGGGGAGGAACCGAUGGUCAAGAAGACAAUGGCUACUGAUGGCGAGAGCAGGGUGACCCUCUCUCUUGCUGAUAUGAAGAAGGUUUUCCCUAAUGGCCUCCAAAACCGGGAGAUCAGGGUGAGCGCCAGUGUGACUGAGGAAUUGACUGGGAUAACUCUGAAUGGAACCAGCAAGGUGAAGAUCUACCAGUACGCCACCAAGCUGUCCUUCGCCCCAUCGGAUCCCAAGACCUUCAAACCCGGCCUCAAAUACAUCGCCUAUCUGCAAGUCCAGCAACAAGACGGCCGUCCAGUCCAGACAAGCACCCAGCGAGUGACUGUGAGCACUAGAGUGACCAGUCAGAUCAAGGAGACGACCACUCAGGCCUUCUAUUAUCCCAGAACGACUUCCUUCACCAUCCCGGACCAAACCUUCUCAGUGCCAGACACAGGACUGGUCCCAAUUGAAGUCCAAGUCCCGUCCAACGCCAGCAGCGUCAGUCUCACUGUAAAGUAUGGCAAGGUUUCGACCAGCAAGAGCAUUGAGAAGAGCUAUUCGCCGAGUGACAAUUACAUCCAGCUGCUCCUGAAAUCUCAACAACUUACAGCCGGAAGCAAUGUGAAUUUCGACGUCAAGGUCACCGAAUCCAUCAGUAGGCUGGUCUACCAGGUCAUGUCUCGUGGUUCUAUCGUGGCCACUGGCACUAUCAACCAAGCCAACCUCGCAUCAUUCUCCAUCCCGGUAACAUCCAAGAUGGCGCCUAAUGCCCGGAUCAUUGUGUAUUACGUCAGGACAGAUGGCGAAAUUGUCACUGACAGUGUCAGCUUUGAUGUGGACGGCGCGUUCGAGAACAAGGUGGCUAUCUCUAUGGACAAGACAUCUGCCCAGCCUGGUGACAGUGUCAAUGUACAGGUCACCGCUGACCCUCAGUCCCUGGUCAACCUCCUGGCCGUAGACCAGAGCGUCCUCCUCCUCAAGUCCGGAAAUGACAUCACACAAUCUGAGGUUAUCAGCGAACUGAAGUCAUACGACACCAUCAACAAUGUAGGUGGAGGAUUUGGACGCCCAAUUCCACUUGGUGCUGUGGCUCGCCGCAAGAGGAUGGCAAUACCUUGGGGCGGAUGGUGGGGAUUCCCCACCUACUAUGGCGGAAGUGACGCCACCCAGAUCUUCAAGAACUCCGGCGUGGCCGUGAUGACAGAUGCUCUUGUGUACAAAUACGUCAAGCCCUAUUAUCCCUGCAUACUUUGUGACACCCUGUUUCACGGCCCUGUGGCAAUGGCAGGCCUGGUAGGCAAGACCGUAUCAGGAGUUGGUAUACCUCAGCCAGUUGCUGUACCUCAGACAACUGGGGCGUUGAAGGAAGUGGAACACAUCAGAAGUGUUUUUCCUGAAACCUGGCUCUGGCAGAAUCAGACUGUCAGUACCGAUGGUAAAGCUAUCAUCUCAACAACAGUGCCAGAUACCAUCACGUCAUGGGUGGCCAGCGCCUUCGCCGUCAAUACUCAGAGCGGCCUUGGAAUUGCACCAACCUCAGCCAAGAUCCGCGUGUCGCCCUUCUUCGUGAGCCUCAACCUGCCGUACUCCGUGACCCGAGGGAAAGCUGGCUCUCAGGCCAUCGUCUUCAACUACCUCACCCAGGACGUCGACGCUGUUGUAUCCCUCCCUCAAUCAAAGGACUACCUGAAUGUUGUCAUUGAUGCCAAUGGCCGGGAACAAACAGAAUCUAAGGACCAAACACAGACUGUGCAUGUGAAAGCAGGCAGCGCCUCCUCAGUAUUUUUCCCCAUCGUCCCCGCGAGCCUGGGUACCAUCGACGUGACCGUCUCCGCCCGAUCAACCCUCGCAGCUGACGCCCUAACGAGACAGCUCCUGGUCGAGCCUGAAGGAACCCCCAAAGAGUACAGCGUCCCCAUCCUGAUUGAUCUGAAGCAGGCCACCAGCUUCUCUAAGACUGUCCCCAUCACUCUGCCACAGAACGUCGUCUCUGGGUCACAGACUGCUAGAAUCACCGCCAUCGGUGACCUUAUGGGUCCAACUGUAAGUGGACUAGACAGUCUUCUGCGCAUGCCUACCGGAUGUGGCGAGCAGACGAUGCUUGGGUUGGCCCCGGAUGUGUUUGUCACCAACUACCUGACAGCAACCAAACAACUGACGGGAGACAUAGAAGACAAGGCAAUCAAGUACAUGGAAUCUGGAUACCAGAGGGAGCUGACCUACCAGCACAAGGACGGUUCCUUCAGUGCUUUUGGUGACAGUGACCCAUCUGGAAGCAUGUGGUUGUCAGCGUUCGUUGUGAAGACGUUCCACCAGGCUAAACCAUACACCUUCAUCGACGACGAUGUCCUUACACGAGCCAUCAACUGGAUGAUUGAGAAACAGAACGCCGACGGUUCCUUCCCUGAACCUGGCCGGAUCAUCCACACAGCCAUGACAGGAGGGUCAAACAAAGGUGCUUCUUUGACGGCAUACGUCCUCAUCGCCCUUCUCGAGAACGACGACCUCACAGGGAAUGUCCAGCAGCGGAUAAACGCGGCCGCGGCCAAGGCUGUUCAGUUCCUGGAGAAUCAGACCCCGACAGAUGACUACUCUCUGGCAAUCAUCACCUAUGCUCUGCACCUUGCUGGCAGCACCCAGGCCGACACGUCCUUCGCCACAUUGAACUCUCAUGCUAUUGUGAAAGAUGGAUUCAAGUACUGGCACCGUCCAGAGGUCAAGACGACACAGUCCACCCGCAGCUACUGGAAACCUCCAUCAGCCAAGAAGGCCAUCGACAUCGAGAUGACGGCAUACGGUCUGCUGAUAUACGGCGAGAAAAACGAUUUCAGCGGUGGCCUGAACAUCAUGAAGUGGUUGGCGUCACAGCGUAACCCCCACGGCGGAUUUUCCUCCACCCAGGACACAGUGUUAGCCCUGCAGGCUCUGUCUGAAUUCGCCAAGAUGGCGUACUCCAACAACUUCGACAUCCAGGUGACAGUGAACAGUGGCAGCUUCAGUCAUCAGUUCUCUGUCAACCAGAACAACGCCCUCGUGCUCCAGAGUGUCGAGCUGCCAUCCAUCCCAAGCAGCAUCAGUGUUCAGGCUAACGGGGCCGGCAUCGCCCUUGUUGAGGUCGCUGUGUUCUUCAACGUUGAGGCUGAGGUGGAGGAGCCAACUUUUGAUGUGACCGUCAAGCUGCUGAAGGAAGACAUCAACUCCAUCACAGUCCAGACCUGCACCAAAUGGUUGUUAAAUGGUACCAGUGGCAUGGCCAUCCAAGAACUUGGAGUUCCCUCCGGCUUCGAUGCUGACCUUGACACACUUACCAAACUUAAGACCUUGAAGAGAAUCGAGACUCCCAACAAGAAGGUGGUUCUGUAUUUUGAUGAGAUCGGAACCACACCCGUAUGUCUGUCCGUCACCCUCCAGAGAACAGGUCUUGUAGCCAAGUCCCAGCCCGUCCCAGUCAGAGUCUACGACUACUAUGAGCCAACCAACCAGGUGACAGCAUUCUACCAGUCCCAGCUCCUCAAGAAUUCCAACAUCUGUAGCGUGUGUGCGGAAUGUGAAAACUGCGCGAUGGCUGUCGGUUUUGUGGAGGCAGAGGUGGUGGCGCUGGUAGCUUUGGUGGCUCUGGUGGCAAUGCUGCAAGGGGUCCAAGAAAGGAACAACAAAGAAGACCUGCUUUUUGCUGGACAGAACGCAGAAAUUAGUCAGCUUGGGGGCUGGAAAGAAGUGGAACGAAUCAGGACAAGAAUUUCCGGAAACCUGGUUAUGGCAAAACAUGACAGUAAGGAAGCGAGUGCCGAUGGCACAGCUGUCAUCUCAACAACAGUGCCAGAUACCAUCACGUCUUGGGUGGCCAGCGCCUUCGCCGUCAACACUCAGAGCGGCCUUGGAAUUGCACCAACCUCAGCCAAGAUCCGCGUGUUCCGCCCCUUCUUCGUGAGCCUCAACCUGCCGUACUCCGUGACCCGAGGGGAACAGCUGGCUCUCCAGGCCAUCGUCUUCAACUACCUCACCCAGGACGUCGACGCUGUUGUAUCCCUCCCUCAAUCAAAGGACUACCUGAAUGUUGUCAUUGAUGCCAAUGGCCGGGAACAAACAGAAUCUAAGGACCAAACCCAGACUGUGCAUGUGAAAGCAGGCAGCGCUUCCUCAGUAUUUUUCCCCAUCGUCCCCGCGAGCCUGGGUACCAUCGACGUGACCGUCUCCGCCCGAUCAACCCUCGCAGCUGACGCCCUAACGAGACAGCUCCUGGUCGAGCCUGAAGGAACCCCCAAAGAGUACAGCGUCCCCAUCCUGAUUGAUCUGAAGCAGGCCACCAGCUUCUCUAAGACUGUCCCCAUCACUCUGCCACAGAACGUCGUCUCUGGGUCACAGACUGCUAGAAUCACCGCCAUCGGUGACCUUAUGGGUCCAACUGUAAGUGGACUAGACAGUCUUCUGCGCAUGCCUACCGGAUGUGGCGAGCAGACGAUGCUUGGGUUGGCCCCGGAUGUGUUUGUCACCAACUACCUGACAGCAACCAAACAACUGACGGGAGACAUAGAAGACAAGGCAAUCAAGUACAUGGAAUCUGGAUACCAGAGGGAGCUGACCUACCAGCACAAGGACGGUUCCUUCAGUGCUUUUGGUGACAGUGACCCAUCUGGAAGCAUGUGGUUGUCAGCGUUCGUUGUGAAGACGUUCCACCAGGCUAAACCAUACACCUUCAUCGACGACGAUGUCCUUACACGAGCCAUCAACUGGAUGAUUGAGAAACAGAACGCCGACGGUUCCUUCCCUGAACCUGGCCGGAUCAUCCACACAGCCAUGACAGGAGGGUCAAACAAAGGUGCUUCUUUGACGGCGUACGUCCUCAUCGCCCUUCUCGAGAACGACGACCUCACAGGGAAUGUCCAGCAGCGGAUAAACGCGGCCGCGGCCAAGGCUGUUCAGUUCCUGGAGAAUCAGACCCCGACAGAUGACUACUCUCUGGCAAUCAUCACCUAUGCUCUGCACCUUGCUGGCAGCACCCAGGCCGACACGUCCUUCGCCACAUUGAACUCUCAUGCUAUUGUGAAAGAUGGAUUCAAGUACUGGCACCGUCCAGAGGUCAAGACGACACAGUCCACCCGCAGCUACUGGAAACCUCCAUCAGCCAAGAAGGCCAUCGACAUCGAGAUGACGGCAUACGGUCUGCUGAUAUACGGCGAGAAAAACGAUUUUAGCGGUGGCCUGAACAUCAUGAAGUGGUUGGCGUCCCAGCGUAACCCCCACGGCGGAUUUUCCUCCACCCAGGACACAGUGUUAGCCCUGCAGGCUCUGUCUGAAUUCGCCAAGAUGGCGUACUCCAACAACUUCGACAUCCAGGUGACAGUGAACAGUGGCAGCUUCAGCCAUCAGUUCUCUGUCAACCAGAACAACGCCCUCGUGCUCCAGAGUGUCGAGCUGCCAUCCAUCCCAAGCAGCAUCAGUGUUCAGGCUAACGGGGCCGGCAUCGCCCUUGUUGAGGUCGCUGUGUUCUUCAACGUUGAGGCUGAGGUGGAGGAGCCAUCUUUUGAUGUGACCGUCAAGCUGCUGAAGGAGGACAUCAACUCCAUCACAGUCCAGACCUGCACCAAGUGGUUGUUAACUGGCACCAGUGGCAUGGCCAUCCAAGAACUUGGAGUUCCCUCCGGCUUCGAUGCUGACCUUGACACACUUACCAAACUUAAGACCUUGAAGAGAAUCGAGACUCCCAACAAGAAGGUGGUUCUGUAUUUUGAUGAGAUCGGAACCACACCCGUGUGUCUGUCCGUCACCCUCCAGAGGACAGGUCUUGUAGCCAAGUCCCAGCCCGUCCCAGUCAGAGUCUACGACUACUAUGAGCCAACCAACCAGGUGACAGCAUUCUACCAGUCCCAGCUCCUCAAGAAUUCCAACAUCUGUAGCGUGUGUGCGGAAUGUGAAAACUGCGCGGUCAAGGCCGGGCGAUGAAAACACCGAUGACCAUCCCAACACACGGCAGAUCACAUCACAUUCAGAAACAUCAAGAAUAAAGAAUAUUUACUGAACAUGUUAUCUUUCACCUUCGUAUAAUAAACUUCCAUGUUAAACA